GAAGAGCCGGUCCCUAAGAAGUCUAAAGAACCUGCCGCCCCUGUACCAGUCGUUGCUGAAGAACCAGUGAAGGAGCCUGUCAAAGAGGAGGCGGUUUCGGAGGCGCCUAAGGAGAUACCUGCUGAAGAGCCUGCCACUAACGACACUGUUGCUCAGGAUGAGCCGUCUACUGAGGAGACUCUGUCCACUGCAGCUCCGGAUGCUCAGGAAUCGGUUACCCAAGAGCCCGCCACUGAAGAUGCCCCCAGCGAAUUAACGAAGGAGUCCGGCGUUGAGAAGGCAGUGGAAGAGACAACCACCGAGAAGCCUACAGCUGACGAUGUUGUAGCAGAGGAGCCAGCGAAGGAGACAGCAACAGUGGAGACCGAAGUUGAGAAGCCUGUCGUUGAAGUCCCUGUUGAGAUAAGUUCCGAGGAACUGGCAAAGGAGCCCGUUCCCGAGAGCACCACAGCUGAAGCUGCUGCCGAAACGGAGGAAUCGAAACAGCCUGCCGAAGAGACUUCUGAGCCAGCUGUUAAGGAUGAAAAGGCGCCCGUCGAAAAGCCGGUAGAAGAGGCGAAGGCUGAGCCUGCCUCGGAAGAAGCCCCGAAGGAAGAGGUUGCUCAACCCUCCGUCGAGGAAAAACCCACCGAAGAGGCCGCAAAGGUGUCUCCUGUCGAAGAAAACGAGAAGGUCGUUGCCGAAGCCGCUAAGGAAGAGGAAGUUCCAGAGGAAGCCCCUGCGAAGGCGUCUGUUGAGGUGGAGGCUACAACUAGUGAACAUGUCGCUGAAGAGCCUACACCCGAGAAGCCCGCCGUGGAAGAAACAACCACCGAGGAGUCCUCUAAGGAUGUGACAAAGGAGGAGCCUGUCUCUGAAGUGUCCGCUACUGAGGAUUUGACAACGCAGGAGGCAGCUGAGGGACCCGCCAAGGUGUCAGGCUCUGAAGAGGUGGCAGAAGAGUCUAUAAUGGAAGAAAAGUCCGCUGAGGUUUCCGAUCAAAAGACCAAGGAGCCAGUCACCGAAGAGUCCAAGGAGACGAAGCCUGCUGCUGAGGAAGCGACCCCCGAAGAACCCGUUAAGGAUACCCCUGUCGUUGAGCAACCAGUUGAAUCCGAGCCCGUCCGGGAAGCUGAACCGGCGAAGCCCAUUGCAGAGGAGUCUGUUAAGGAGCUCGCUGCUGAAGAGGCUGUUGUCGAAGAGUCCACCCCUGUCGAACAACUUAGCGAGGAACCUGCUGUCAAAGAGUCGCCUGUAGAGGAACCUGCUACUGUCGAGGAAUCUGUCGCUGCCGAGCCUUCUACGGAGGAACCUGCGGAACAACCCGCCAAGGAAGCUGAGCCCGUGAAUGAAGUGUUGACUACUGAAGAACCUGUCAUGAAGCAAGCAGCCGAAUCUGAGCCAGUUGAACAGCCAGUGGCGGAAGAAAAGCCUGUGGACGACUCCACUGAAAAGCCAGCAACUGAGACCGUGGCUGAAGAACCGGCCCCAGCACUGACUGAGAAGGCUGUGGUUGCUGAGACACCUGCUACCGAGGAAGUCGUUGAAAAGGCCACUACCGAAGAGCCCGCCCAGGAGCUUGUCGCUGAUAAGUCCGCUGAGCAGCCAACUUCGUCGGAUGUGGUUGAGGAGACUGCUGAAUCUUCUAAGGCUGUUGUCCCUGAGGAAGUCACGUCGAAUGAGGUUGAGCCUACUGUCUCGCAGUCCCACGAAGAGAAACCGGAAGAGGGAACUGGGCUACCUAAGGAGGAGACAGUUGCAGCUGAACCUGUGGUUGUUGAGACCCCUGCGGAACAGAAGGCCCCAGAGACUGAACCCGAUGUUUUAGCCAAGGUUGAGCCUGUAGAGGCUGUGACCACUCAAAAGGAGGAACCUAGCAGCGAGCCAGCAGCAGCAGCCCCUGCUGAAGCCGAGCAGGUCGUCCCUGAGGUCACGGAGGAUACCCCUGAGCAGGAUGGAAAGGAUAGUGUCUCAGCCGAGUUGAUUGGUGCGGGUGCUGCGGUAGCUGUUGCCGCAGGCGCUGUUGCUGUUGGGGUGGCUGCGUCGUCCCACCAGGACAAGGAGCCAGAAACCGCGUGUGCGGACAAAAGCUCCAAAUCUGUGGAAGAGUCUCAACCCAGCAAGGCUGCCAGCCCUGCUCAUGAGUCUCAACCAUCAGCCAGUAAGGAAACACCAUUGCGUACUUCGAAGAAACCUGAAGCUGAUAUCAAUGAACCACGUUCAGGAUCCGAAGAGCCAGCUGCGUCAACCAAUGAACCACUCACUUCUGCUGAGCCCGCUAUGACAACGGAAGCCACUGCUGACAAGGCCGUAGCUCAGAAGGGUGACACCUCUCGUUCUCCAAGCCAGACCCGGGCCGUUACUCUCAGCAACGCCAAGAAUGAUGGCUGGUUGAAGGUCAUCCUUCGCGCCGUCUUUGUCAACUUCUUUGGAGCCAUCUUCUCUCCUUUCCGCCGUCGUCCCAAGAACGACCAGUAA